UCCCGCUUUACACUGCUGGACUCUUUUCUCUGCAGGGAGGAGUCGGACAUUUGUUGUUUUAUUAAUCUGUCAUGUUUGCGGGUUCUUUCUUAAGUCUUCGUAUUGUUGUAUUGCGUGUAUCCAUAAUGUAGCUCGCGCAUGUCUUCGACCCUCAAGCAUCGAUUAUCAGAUAAGAGUCGCCCGAACGUCGAAGGAAACAGGAAGGCGGAACAAGAUCAAAGAACCUCCUGACUGACCAAGUCCAAACAAAUAUCAAAAUACGUCAGUAACAAGUUCCCACAGGUUGUUUACACAACCUUUUUGACCUGCUUCUAUUUCCACAGUAAAUAAUUCACCAAAAAAAUUCAAAUAAUCAGGCGCCACCACUGACGACCAUGUCCAUGGCCCUGAAACAAGUCUUCAACAAAGACAGGACAUUCCGGCCCAAGCGCAAGUUUGAGCCUGGAACGCAGCGCUUCGAGCUGCACAAGAAGGCCCAGGCGUCCCUGAACGCUGGCUUGGACCUGAAGCACGCCGUGCAGCUGCCCCACGGCGAGGACCUCAACGACUGGGUGGCCGUCCACGUGGUCGACUUCUUCAACCGGAUCAACCUCAUCUAUGGCACCAUCAGUGACUCCUGCACUGAUCAGACCUGCCCUGUCAUGUCCGGGGGCCCCAAGUAUGAGUAUCGCUGGCAAGACGAGCACAAGUACAAAAGGCCCACCACGCUGUCCGCCCCCAAAUACAUGAGCCUCCUCAUGGAUUGGAUAGAGGUACAAAUCAACAAUGAGAAUAUCUUCCCCACUAAUGUCGGUACUCCCUUCCCUAAGAACUUCAUGCAGGUGGCUAAGAAGAUUUUAUCACGUCUGUUCCGGGUGUUUGUCCACGUCUACAUCCACCACUUUGACCGCGUGAGCCAGAUGGGGGCUGAGGCCCACGUCAACACCUGCUACAAGCAUUUCUAUUACUUUGUCAUUGAGUUCAACCUGAUGGACCACAAAGAACUGGAGCCUCUGAAAGAGAUGACUGCUCGGAUGUGCCACUGAAACUCCCCGGGACGCAGCAGCCCAGUUCAUCUGUCCACCUCGAAGUCUGAAUCAUAGAGCAAACAUUGAAGAGUCUAUUUUUAUAUUUAAGUACUGUAAUCUAUUUUAGCCACAUAUUGUAGGUUUUAACGAAGAACCCUGUGAGCUGUUUUCUUCCUUAAAAAAAAAACAUUUUCAGACUGAGCACAGUAUUAAAAGCUGUAUGUUUGUGUUGAUGUUUUUCUAUUUUAUUUGAAUUUUAAUCAUUCCAAGAUGCUAUCAAUUUCUUUUUUUUGUUGUUUUUAAAUGAUUUAAACCUAGUGUGGUAUCUUACUUUUUGUCCGUAAAACCAAUAUGUCGUUACAAUAAAUUGAUUCUUUACUAUUCCA